AUGGACAUUUUUGGAGGCGCGCCUCGGGUUUUGGGCUACCCGCGGCCUGUGGUGGUACAAUGCGGGGCGGAUGCCACUCUCAAGUGCCAAAUCGGCGGAGACCCUCAUCCUGACGUUAUGUGGGAGUGCAAAAACGUCCAGAUCAUCACUGAAGGACGCUACAAGCUCUCCGAGGAGGGAAAGUUCUACCUGUUGAGCAUCAGUGGUGUGAGAGAAAUGGAUACUGGCCAAUACAUCUGCAAAGCUAGAAACAGUGUCGGGGAAACCUAUGCUGCAGCCUCCCUCAAAGUCGUGGCAAAUGACCAGCAACUGGAAGAUAAUGGCAUCAAGCAGCACAAGACAGAAAAUGGGCAGGUAAAUGGAGUCAGCAAAUUGGAGAAUGGAGACCACAGGGAAGAGAAUGGAACACACAAGUUUGACCAGGAGGUUGACUUGGCAUCGAAUGAUAAACCGAGGUUCCUUAUCAAGCCCCUAUCGUUGCGAGUGGGCAGAGGAGAGGACGCUGCCUUCUCCUGCAAGGUUUGGGGCACGCCAUUGCCAGACGUAGUUUGGGAAAAGGAUGCCAAGAAACUGAAUGAUAUCUUUGAGAGCUCUCACUUCUCUAUUAGUGUUCAAGACGGAGGAUGGUUCCAGCUUAAGGUUUAUCGAACGCGCAUGCCUGACAAGGGUGUUUACACCUGCAAGGCCACGAACCGCAAUGGCGAGGCCCUGGCUGGGGCCGUCCUCCUUGUUGACCCUGUGUCAGAGCAAGAGGACAACAGAAAGUCCAGCCAUUGGUCACCAAAACACAGAGGGGGGAAGCUCGGUUUGUCAAAGCUCAGAGAGGAGCCACCGCUCAGUACAUCAAAGGUCAAGAAGUUUGUGGUGGCAGAAGGGAAACACGCCAAGUUCCGCUGCUCUGUCACAGGGAAGCCGAAGCCAGAGAUAAUCUGGAAGAAGGAUGGAUCGCCCCUUGAUCCUGGGAGGCGCCAUCUCAUAUUUGAGGACAGAGAAGGUUAUUACACACUGAAGGUUUUGUAUUGUAAAGUUCAGGACACAGGACUGUAUGCGUGUGUAGCAUCCAAUGCUCUUGGAAACACUCUCAGUGCCGUUCAUCUGUCAGUCAAAGGCCCACAUGUGAGAUUUAACCAUCCGUUAAAAGAUGUGGAGGCAAGGGAAAGCAAUGUUGCUGUUCUGGAAUGUGAGGUUCCUGAUGAGUCAGUCCUGGCCACCUGGUACCGUGAGGAUGAAAGACUGAUGCCCAGCAGUAAAUAUGGGAUUGAGCAGCAAGGCACUAGGCGAAGACUCACCAUCCAAGAUGUGGAAAUAGACGAUGAUGGAGUGUAUCUCUGCGAGAUGCUAGAUGGGGCAAAGAGCAUAGCAGAGCUGUCGGUCAAAGGUAAAAUCCUACGUAAACUUCCACGAAAGGUUGAGGUGUUGGAGGGUGAGAAUGCUGCAUUCUGUGUGGAAGUGGAGGACGAAGACAUGGAGAUCCAUUGGUUCAAAAAUGGGCUAAAACUGCACGAGACACACCAGACAAUCCUUAAAUCUUUUGGAAAGACCCACGUUCUUGUCUUUGUCAAUGUGGUCCACCAAGACUCAGGGGUGGUGACUUUUGUCACUGGACGAUCCAAGACAUCAUCGCGUCUUAAAGUCAGAGCCACAAGACACUGCCCACCAAUCUGUCCGCUUGGAGUCAAAAUGGAUCUGGAUGGGCCAAAUGGCGCUCGGCUAUCCUGGGUUCCUGCACCGAACAACCAGACGACUCGUUCCAUCUUUGUAGUGGAGAGACAGGAAGUGGGCUCACAAGAGUGGCAGAAAUGCUUUACCUCUGAGAAAGCCACCUCCACUGAGAUCUACAGUGACAGUAUACCGUACGAGGGAGACUAUCGCUUCAGAGUGUGCUGCAUCAACAAGUAUGGCCGCAGUGGCCAUGUAGUGUUUCCCAAAGUUAUCCAUCUGGUUCCGGGAACAAAGAUUUGCAGUCCCCUUCAAGACCUGGAGGUUACAGAAGGAGAGGACGCUGUCUUUUCCAUCGUGCUGUCAGCCUCACUAGUUGGUACCUGGUUUUUUAACAGUGCCCAACUGCAAGACGGUGGAAGAUACUCGAUAAAACAGUCCAAAACCCAGCACACAUUGAUAAUCCAUGAGACUCUCACUGCAGAGGGCAAAGCAGAGAUCACGUUUAUCGCCAACGGGUUGCGAAAUUCAGCGGCUCUCGUAGUUAAACCCGCAAUCAUGAAAUUCAGCCCUUUGUUGGAAUCUGACAGUACCAAGAGGGUGGAGACUGGUGACGUCAUUGUUCUCUACUGCGAAGUAUCACAUUCUUCAGCUAAAGUAUGUUGGUACAAAGAUGGUGAGGAGUUACAGGUGAGCGAUGGCCUGAACAUUCAAUCAGAUGGGAACAUGAGGAGAAUUGUGAUUCAGUCAGCUGAGAAACAUCACGUUGGAGUUUAUACGUGCCAGACAUCAGGCGAUGUCAUCACAUUCAUGGUUGAAGUUGCAGGUCCUCCUGUGGAGUUCAUUCCAGGAUCUGAGGAAGACCUUCAUAAGAACAGCAUGGAGCUUGACCCUGUGGUGCUGCUCUGCCAUGUCUCCAGAGAGGAUGCUCAAGUUAUGUGGUACAAGGACGGUUGUGAAAUUGAACCCAGUGACAACAUCACUCUACAGGCAGAGGGAACCCUAAGAAGGCUGAUUAUCCGCUCUGCUGAAACCUCUGAUGCGGGCAGCUACACCUGCCAAGCGGAAAACAACAGCAUGGAGUUCUCUGUCAAUGUCAGAGAACCCCCAGUGAUGAUUGUGGACCCUAAAGAUGAUAUCAUGAUUGAGUGCUACAUUUCGGAAGACAUUCACAUGCAGUGCGAGUUGUCCCGCUCAGGUGGAAAGGUGCAGUGGUUCAAGAAUGGUGAGGAGGUGGAGGAGGGAGGCAAUAUCCAGCUGACAAGAGAGGGUCCCUACAGACGGCUGACCAUCCUCUGCAGCAAGGUGGAGGAUGGGGGGGAGUAUAUCUGCGAGACAAAUGGGGACUCUGUAUUCUUUCAACUGAUAGUCACAAAGCCUCCUGUACGAAUCAUUUCCCCCACUGAUUCAGAGCUUAAAAUCACCCACGUGGCGUCCACCGAGCUCCAGCUCAGCUGUAAGAUGUCAUGUUCUGACGCUCAUGUCACAUGGUACAAAGACAGUCUGGAGGUAGAGGAGGGUCCAAACCUCAUACUGGAAGUGGAUGGGGCAGAACGUCGGCUGGUUAUUCCUGUGGCCUCCAUAAAGGAUGUGGGAGAGUUUGUAUGUGAGACUGAACAUGACUCUGUUGCCUUCAUGGUGACUAUUAAAGAGCAACCAGUGGUGCUUUCCCGUCCUACAAACACAUCAGGGAAGGUGGAGUGUUUAGCAGGGAAGACAGUCGUACUGGAGGUCAAGGCAUCACGCCUCAAUACAGAAGUGAAGUGGCUGCUAAAUGGCCAAGAAAUAGAGGGGAGUAAUUUUGUGACCAUCACGAAGAAUGGAUUACUCCGUCGUCUUGAAAUCCACUCUCCUUCUCCAGCGGAUUCUGGCACAUAUAGCUGCGAUGCUGUCGAUGACAAGCUUGACUUUCAGGUCACAAUUUCAGAGCCGCCAGUGAAUAUCUUAAAGAAGUCUGAGAUUGACACAAACCUCAAAGUUCUGAGGUCUGAUGACAUUGUGCUGGAAUGUGAGCUCUCCAGAGGCAAUGCCAAAACCAAAUGGUACAAGGAUGGCUGUCGUAUUGAGUGCGACGGAAGAUUCUGUGAGGAGGAGGAAGGUGCUUUUCGCUCUCUUGUCAUUCUCAAUGCUGAGCUCAGAGACUCCGGAGAAUACUUUCUGGAUGCUGAAGACGAUAACAUCACCUUCCAGGUUACAGUUCAAGAACCUCCAGUGACCAUUGUGGGCAACUCUAAAGACGCUGACUUCCAGGAGAUGGCAGCAGGCGAUGACCUAAUCCUGGCUUGUGAGGUGUCCCAUGAAAAUGCUCCUGUCCAGUGGUACUGCAAUGACAAGCUGCUUGUCAAUGACUCCCGCACCAAUAUACAAUGCUACGGCACUCUGAGGAAAAUCAUCAUUUCAAAUGUUCAAUCUUCGGAUUCCGGAAAGUAUAUAUGUGAUGCAGUAGACGACAAGAUGAUCAGUAUUGUUAGGAUUCAAGUGCCCCGGGUGGUUGAGUUCCUGACUGAGCUUCAAAACACCACUGUUCUAGAAGGAGAAGAUGCUACCUUUAAAUGUAUGGUUUCACCCGAGGAUGUGCAGUUGGUCUGGUUCAUGGACAAUGAGAUGAUCAACUCCAGUGACCAUGUCCAGGUCGCACAGAAUGGUCUGUGCCACACUUUAGUGAUAAAAAAGUGCCACAUGUUGGACUGUUCCAAAAUCACAGCUGAAGCUGAAGGAACAACAAGCAAAGCUAGCCUCAGAGUCCAAGAGGCUCAGGUCAUGUUUACAAAGAAAAUGGAUGCUGUCAUGGCAGAAGAAUUUGGUGAUGCCACCCUGGAGACAGAGAUCAGCCUUGAGACAGGCGAGGUGCAGUGGAUGAGACAGGGCGUGGUUAUCCAGGCCGGGCCUCGAUAUUCACUCAACCAGAAUGAAUGUAAACGCAGUCUGACCAUCUACAAUCUAAAUCUGUCAGACCGCGGAACCUACCGUUGUGAGACUCUGCAUGACAGAACCCAGGUCAAACUAAAUGUAGAGCCCCGUAAAAUCUCCAUCCGUAAAGGCCUGACAGACCAGGAAACCUUAGAACGUGAGACGGCAUCCUUUGAGGUGGAGUUGUCCCACACUGAUGUGCAGGGCAAUUGGCAGAAGGGUGGUAUCCGGGUGAAGCCAAACAACCAGUUCAGGGUGAGUACCAAUGGGCGAGUCCAUGGCCUCACCCUUUCCAACCUCACCCUGGAGGACACAGGUACCAUUGCCUUUUCAGCAGAAGGGGUGCGCACGACUGCCAGGCUCACAGUCAAAGAGACUCCAGUUACCAUCCUCAAAGCUCUGGUUGAUGUCCAUGUGGAAGAAGAAUUUCCUGCCACUCUGGAGUGCGAAUUAUCUCGACAAAACAUUGAAGUCAGAUGGUUCAAGAGCGGGACUGAGCUGAAGCCAGGCAAGAACUGUCGGAUCUAUUCCAUGGGGCGAAACAAGUUCUGUCAGAUCCUGCAGUGCUCUCUGGCGGACUCUGGCAUCUACACCUGUGACGUGGGGGAAAGCAGCACUUCUUGUACACUGGAGGUUUAUGAGCAUGAGCUGAAGAUUCUGCAGGAUCUGGAGGACCUUUACAUUCAGGAAGAUCAGAAUGCAGUCUUUAUGUGUGAGGUUUCCCUGAAUGAUGUGAACGGAGAGUGGUAUAAGGAUGGCCACAAGAUCCGGCCCACCAGCACCAUCAAGACCCGCACAGAAGGGACCAAACACUUCCUGCUGAUGUGCAACGUCAAAGCUGAGGAUGCUGGAGAAAUACGCUUUGUAAGCAGAGACGUUGAAUCUACUGCUUAUCUCGAAGUAGAAGAACUCCCGGCAUCCAUUGUCAAACCGUUGCGGGACAGGACAGCAUUGGAGAAACACCGCGUCAUCCUGGAGUGCACCGUUUCCUCCGCUCGCUGUAGUGCUACCUGGUACCGCGGCAAGGAGAGGCUUGUCCCCUCUGAUCGAGUGGAUCUCGUCGUCGACGGUUGCUCCCAUAAACUUGUGAUCCAGCAGGUGGCGCUGGACGAUGAGGACAUCUAUAGUAUUGAGGUUGGGGUGCAUACCUCCAAAGCCAAACUCAUGGUGGAAGCCCAAGAACUUGUGGUGGUGCGGGAGCUAGAGGACGUGGAAGUAGCCGAGAAUGAACCAGCAGUUUUCCAGUGCGAGGUGUCUGUAGCUAUCAGUAGAACCCCGGUUUGGACGCUGAACGGCGAGAACAUUCAGCCUGGGCCCUCUGUGCGCCUGGAAAACCACGGCACUGUGCACAAACUCACGCUGAAGGACACCAGUGUGGACUUGAGUGGUGUGGUUAAGUUCAGUGUAGGCAAAGCAAAGAGCAGCGCCAGUCUCAGUGUGAGAGAAUGCAAAUGAUCUGAAACUUGAAGCCGGCCUCGAUUUGCUUGAUUUUAUUUAACAGUCACACUUUUUACCUGCCCUAUUUCAAGUUGACGCUAUUAAACAGAGGUGGAAGUCAGUCACAUACAGUAUAUGCAAGUCAUAGAUGUCAAGUCUUAACCUUCGAGUUGCAAGCAAGUCCCAAGUUACUGUGGCAAAAAAAAAUAAAUAAAUAAAUAAAUAACAAUAAAAAAGGCCAAGUAGAGACACCACUAAAUUUCAAGCAAGUUGAGUCAAGUCAUUACUUUGGUUAAGCAAGUCAGAAAUCAAGUUAUACAAUCUUGCUCACUCACAAUAUAUAUUCGCACAUUAGCCACUUUGCAUGUACUGUAGUUAUCUGUAGUCCUACUAACACUUCUAACAAUGGUAGUUUUUUAAAUUGUCCCUACCAAUCUGUAUUGUCUAUUAAUUUAUUGUCUUCACAAUUAAACCCAUACCGGACAUAAAGCUACUGUAAGUUAAUUUUAUUUGACCAGCUAU